CCUGCCAAAAUGAAGCAGUUGCCAGAGCUGACCAAUUUACGACCUUCGUUUAAGGAAAUUUCACCAAAACAGAAUCCCAUUCUGGAAAACCUCGGUCGCCCUCAUAUCGACUCUUUCAAUUACAUGUUGGAUGAGGGAAUUGUAGAUUUACUGCACUAUUUGGACCCGGCAAGUUUUCAGCUUCCGAACGGAAAUCGAAUUACUAUGCAAAUUACGGAUAUCAGCAUUCAAAAACCGACUAUAAAUUUUGAUGAUAUUAACGUGGCAGAUAAACGCAUUUUUCCAAGCGAAUGUCGCCAAAAAUCAGAUACGUAUAAUGGAAUGUGUACCAUAAUGAUCGACUGGCAGCUCGAUGGCAUACCUCAGCCAACUAUAACACGUGAAAUGGGUCGUAUACCGAUUAUGCUGAAGUCGAAGGCAUGUAAUCUCUACAACCUUUCUCCUGCGGAGCUGGUCGAACGUGGAGAGCAUGAAGACGAAUGGGGUGGUUAUUUUAUAGCCGGAGGCAAUGAGAAGAUGGUGCGUAUGCUUAUUAUGUCCCGUCGAAACUAUCCGGUUGCUGUCAGUCGAAAUGGAUGGAAAGAUCGAGGCAAAGAUUUUAGCUCUCUAGGAGUUUUCAUGCGUUGCGUUCGAGAGGAUCAACAUUCAACGAAUAACGUCUUGCACUACUUAACAACUGGCACGGCGAAAUUGAUGAUAAACGUUCAUAAGGCUUUAACGUUUCUACCAGUCAUCAUGGUGCUGAAAGCUCUCUGCAAUUAUUCGGACAAUGAAAUUUAUCGAAAAUUGAUUGUAGGUUUUGAAGAUGAUCAAUACUACAAACGAUGCAUCAUGAAUAUGCUGCGUGAGCUGCACCAGGAAAACUUGCAUAAUACGCAACAAUGCAGGAUAUUUUUGGGCUCAUUGUUUCGAAGGGGUCUUUUGCUAUGCAACAUGCCUCAGUGGCUCUCGGAUGAGCAAGCGGGAUGCUUUCUUUUGAACCACUGUAUUCUCAUUCACCUUGAGAAUAACGAGGACAAAUUCAACCUGCUAGUGCAUAUGAUGCACAAGCUUUUUGCAGUCGUACAAGGUCGUUGUAGCGCGGAAUCGCUGGACAUCGUAAUGAUGCAGGAGCUCAUGCUUAGCGGACAUAUUUAUCAAAAACUUUUACGAGAACUGUGUAUCUCUACAUUGUUGUUUACACGAAUCAGCCUGUUAAAAUUGUGUCCCGAGACAGAUUCUCCGACAGUAACUUCCAACGAGAUGCUUAUGGCGUUGAAGAAUGUCUCAAGUUUCCAAACUCGAAUGACAAAUUUUCUCAGUACUGGCAAUAUUCAGAACGCAUCUGCAAUGGGACUGAUGCAGGGCAGUGGACUAGCGAUCAUGGCAGAAAACAUCAACCGGAUGCGAUACAUGUCUCACUUUCGAGCAGUGCAUCGUGGGUCUUUCUUCCAAACCAUGCGUUCUACGGAAGCGCGCCAAUUGCUUCCUGAUGCAUGGGGUUUUAUAUGUCCCGUACACACGCCUGACGGUGAGCCCUGUGGAUUGCUGAACCACUUGACAUCGGAUUGCAUCGUUUCAGUCACACAAAACCCCACUAAGGUGGCCAACAUCGAAACAACGCUUAUCGCGCUCGGUAUGGAGCCCGUCGGCCUGUCUAGUAUACCUUCCACAAAGGAGCAUUAUGUGGUGAUGCUAGAAGGCAAAAUAAUAGGCUGGCUGCCCCCGGCCAGCGCCAGUCAAGUGGUUCAUAAGUUACGCUUGUUGAAAAUCGACGGAACUACUAUCCCAAAUUCCACCGAGAUCGCCUUUGUGCCAAAUCGUGAAGGAGGACAAUAUCCUGGGUUGUUUUUGUUCGUCGGACCUGCACGUAUGAUGCGCCCAGUAAAGAACCUGCUCUGCAAUAAGACCGAACUUAUCGGAACUUUUGAACAGGUGUACCUAGAUAUUUGUGUGUCGGCGAAUGAAGCAUACCCGAACCUUACCACGCAUAUGGAGCUUAGCAAAACGUCAUUCCUAAGCAACUUAGCCCAACUGAUUCCAAUGCCCGACUGCAACCAGUCACCUCGAAACAUGUACCAGUGUCAAAUGGGCAAGCAAACGAUGGGAACACCAUGUCACAACUGGAAUAAGCAAUGUAUCGCUAAAAUGUAUCGUCUGCAGACACCUGCAACACCUCUCUUCCGGCCCGUUCACUACGACAACAUCAACAUGGACAACUACGCCAUGGGGACGAAUGCGAUUGUUGCUGUCGUCUCGUACACAGGCUACGACAUGGAGGAUGCCAUGAUCAUCAAUAAAUCGGCGUACGAACGCGGUUUUGCCGCGGGAAACAUCUACAAGAGUGAAUCCAUCACCUUGUCCGGAGAAAGUUUUUUCGCGCGCAAUCCUAAGGAUGCUACACUGAACGCAUUUCUCGACAAUGAUGGUCUUCCGUUCCAGGGCGCUCAGCUCAGUAACAAAACUCCACUGUACUGCUAUUUUGAUACUAACAUACACAAAUACCACGUGGUUUAUUACAAGAGUUCGGAAGAUGCCAUCGUGGACAACGUGAAACUGUGUUCUCCGCUUGAUUGCGGGAAGAUAAGGAACGCAUCGGCCGCAAGUAUGAAACAGCUGGUGUUAACGUACCGUAUUCCUCGCAAUCCCAAUGUGGGUGACAAAUUCGCAUCCCGUGCUGGUCAAAAAGGUAUUUGCUCGCAAAAGUGGCCGGCAAUCGAUUUGCCUUUCACCGAGUCUGGCAUGAUACCGGAUAUCAUUUUCAAUCCGCACGGAUUUCCUUCGCGUAUGACGAUCGCGAUGAUGAUCGAAACCAUGGCCGGCAAAACGGCUGCUUGUCAUGGGCUGGUGCACGACGCGACACCCUUCCGGUACGAUGAGAGUAACACUGCAAUCGAUUACUUCGGUCGGUUACUGGAGGAAUCCGGUUAUGAUUACUAUGGAACUGAGCGAAUGUACAGCGGAGUGGACGGGCGGGAGAUGAAGGCAGACAUCUUCUUCGGGGUGGUGCACUACCAACGCCUACGCCACAUGGUCAGCGACAAGUGGCAGGUCCGUUCGACCGGACCAAUCGAUCAGUUGACGCAUCAACCGGUCAAGGGCCGAUCAAAAGGAGGUGGCGUUCGGUUUGGAGAGAUGGAGCGAGAUGGGCUUAUCUCGCACGGUGCGUCCUUCCUGUUACAGGAUCGGCUGUUUCACGGCUCGGACAAAGUAACAACCCUGAUCUGCGGUCGAUGUGGGACGCUGCUAGGGCCCAUGGACAGCGUCACUAAAAGGUUAGCCAUCAAUUCGAACGAAUUUCAGCAAACACCAGCCACUUGCCGUCUGUGCGAGGAUGACAAGGAGAUAGGUCAAGUAGAAAUUCCCUACAUUUUCAAACUUCUAGUAUCCCAGUUGUCGUCCAUGAACAUCAACGUUAAGCUGCAGCUGUCCCAUCCCGAUGUUUAGACCAGUGUGCCUUUAAAGUUUUCG